AUGUGGAUCUUGGAUUCAUCGGGCGACUUCCUGGAUGGGAAGCGUGUCUGGCUGCGGCCCGGGAAGAAGUAUCUAUUUGGCCGACCCCCGCAGGAUGGCGCCCAUCGCGCCAUCUCCGACAAUGUGAAGACUGCGAAUACGAUCUCCCGCAAGCACCUCACAAUCGAAGUUUCUCGCGUCACCCCUCGCGAUGGAACCCGUCCACACACACGAACCAAAGUCACCGUGACUGAUCUGAACUCCAAAAAGGGUACACUUGUGGAUGGAGAACAAAUACAAGGAGGAGAGCGGGUGUUAAAUGGGGAUGAGCACAUCAUUCAGCUAGGUCGAUAUGGUCAUCCUCUUCGGGUAAGAUGGCAGCCAGUGGUCUUAAGCUUCUCCUUCUCUUCCAAGGAAAUGAGGGUAGAAGACCCCUUAGCCAAAGUUCGGUCCAAACUAGAGGACCUAGAUAUCAAGACCAUCAUUCCAUACAUCGUGGGUCAAACCACUCAUGUGGUCCAGAGCAAACGGAAUACAGCCAAGGGUCUCCAGGCGCUGACCAAUGGCAAAGCAAUCGUCAAAAAUUCUUACAUUGAUGCUUUGGUCUACGCUACUACCCCAACUGACUUUGAGAACGACGAGGCUUUAUCCCCGCUCGAGACCGAUUUCGAUGCCGCAUGGCCAGAUGAGACAGACUAUCUUCCACCCCCUGGUAACGAACCUGUUACUCGUCCUGCAGCUGCCUUUGCGCCCAACCCAGCACGCAUAAAUGUCUUCGAAGGCUACACCUUUGUGUUCGGAGAUCCCGCUCAGUUCGAGAAUCUACAAGCGGCGAUCAAUAAUGGACAAGGAAAGGCCCUUUUAUAUCAAAUACAAGAUGGUGUUACUACAGCAGCUGAGAUUGUCGAAUUUAUGAGAGAGGCCGCGGGCCAGAAAAGCGGGGACAUUGGAGAGGAUGGGCCUGGCAAAGUGGUGCUUGUGCGAUUCCGAUCCAAAGGCGAACAUGAAGAUUGGUCCAUUGAGGUGGGCAAUGAGGUUGCUUUAAUGAUUGAUCGCCGCGUGAUUGAACAGAGAGAGUUCCUAGAUGCUAUUUUGGGUAACGACGCCUCUCCACUCUGUCGCCCUCUUCCUCGUGAGGAAGGAUCGAGUCAAACAUCAACUUCCGCAACACCUCCGAAACCCCAACCGCAACCAAUUCAAAAUAUCACCCUUUCACCCUCACCACCGCCUGCUUCUGAACAAGGCCACAGGGCAAUGGUUUCUUCAAAACCCAAGGCACCUCGAGUGCGCAAGUUUGUAAGCAAAAUGAAGGCCUUUGAUGAUGGCUUUGACAUGGAUUGCAUACCUGCAUACACGCCCGAUGAUGACAUCAAUGAUACUCCGGUGAUGGAAUUUGAGCCCGAACCCUCUCAACGACUCGAACCCCCGGGGAAAGAGGAAGAGGCAGAAGAAGACGUGGUCACAGAUUUGCUGCCUGGUGCACGAGCAAUGAAGAGACGGCGAGAAGAAUUGGACUUAGGUCGUCAUAGUCGACCUAUGCAUGUGGAGCCGGAAGCUGCUCCGCAGCCUAAGCGUGCGAAGUUAGACAUUCGAAAAGCCGCACGUAAGCAUCGUGACGAAGAAGAGCAACAGAGAAAGGCCGAAGAAGACGCACAUCUCUUCCAAGAUGCCAAUGUCGAGGAUUUGCGGAAUCUAGCCAUCGUUGAAGAAAUGGAGAUUCCCGCCCGUCAAAGAUUGUCUCGAGAGAAUCCCGACAAUGAUCGAUGGGAUGAGCAAUGGAAUGGCCGAAAGAAUUUCAAACGAUUCCGACGAAAAGGGGAGCCACGCCAUGCACGCCAACGAGUGCAGAGUGUUAUCGUUCCCCUGGAAGAGGUGACGAGAAAGGAUUUUGGUAUUGGUGAGCACCAGUGGGUUACCAGUCAUAAGGCGCCUGUAAGGAAUGAUGAGCCGACGGAACGAGAGGAUCUGUCGACAGACACACCGAGUGACCGGACUAUUUGGAGAUCACAGCAGUCGAUGGUUUUGUCUGCCAGUCCUAACCCCACCCCCGAACCACAGCCCGUACCAUCACGCAGUCGCACCCAGAAACGGCCUCGAGAAGUUCGGGAUUCGGAUAGUGAUGAGGAGUUGCGAUUCCGGUUUAGGCGCAAACGUUGA